GCCCCCUUCACCCCAGUGAGUCAGACAGUCAGAGAGUCCAGAGACUCCAGUCACGAGGCUGAUUGUUUUUGACAAUCCUUUGACUCACUGGUCAUCCUUGGCAUCAGCUCACGUUGUGAACUAUGACUGUUUCCCGCAGUGUCGUUUGGAAGCCCCGGUUUAAUAACUUCCGACCCGAGUUCAAGGUUACAUUCCACUCUGCUUGCUUCAGGAACUCCUUCCCCCGCCCUUUUCCUUUGAGCAUAUAUGCUACCGACGCAGAGGGCCCCCGCACGCGCUCUACAGGUAGCAAGAUCAGCUGCCCUGUAGGAGUCCGGAGACAUCUUCAACCUUCACCACCUGAAAGCGGGAGGAAAUUAUCAGUUGUCUCUUUAAAAGAGUUCGCGCUUCUUAAAGCACUAAAGGCAGGCGCCAAACAAAGCUAUCGCGAGAAUUGUAACCCCACUGGCAACUUCUCGCGAUGUUUGGCUCCUCCAAGGGUGGCCAUUUUGGGGCCCAUCCCCCGGCUGGUUACCCCGGCUGCGUCUCUCAUCCCGGUGCAAGCACCAAAGGUGGCCCCACCGGCGUCUGGUCCGGCCGGACUGACGCGAUGUGGCGGCUCCGCUGCAAGGCCAAGGAUGGCACCCAUGUUUUGCAGGGGUUGUCCAACCGGACCCGGCUGCGGGAACUGCAGGGCCAAAUUGCAGCCAUCACUGGGAUCGCUCCUGGUGGUCAGCGAAUCCUCGUCGGAUUCCCGCCCGAGUGCCUGGAUCUCAGCAACGGAGAAACUGUCUUGGGAGACCUGCCCAUCCAGUCAGGCCCGGCUGGGGACACUCUUCGCUUCCCUUCGCUUCCUCUCUGGGAGCCCCUUUCACCACCCCUGCACCCUGCUUCGGGCGAUGCCUGAGAGGGAGCUGUGGCCAGAAGGGCCUGGCUCAGAACCCGGGACCCACAUCGGCAGCUGCGACAGCAUGAUGAGCACCACCUCCGCCCACUCUGGAUCUACUGAUAACAGCUACGACUUCCUGUCGGCUGAGGAGAAGGAGUGUCUGCUCUUCCUAGAGGAGACCAUUGGCUCGUUGGAUGCUGAGGCUGACAGCGUUCUGUCCAUUGAUGGGUCGGAGCCAGCAACAACUCCCCGAGGUUUCAGAGCACUCCCCAUCACCCCGCUGGCUCCCCAUGGAAACCCAGAGGAAACAGUUAUUCAGCAGAGACCAGAGCCCAGGAGAGUGACUGAGACUACCUCAUCCUAUCCUCCUGAGGCCCAAGGCCUGGGCCGCAAGUCUGGCUCCUAUAGCCUCCCGAGGAAUAUCCACAUUGGCGGAAAUCAGAGCCUUAGGCAAAGCACCACCCAGACUAACGGCCACUUCUCUGCACGAGGAUCUGAGGGGCACCUAGCAGAACCCAAGAAAGGGGAGGCCAGCCAGAGCAGUGAGCCACGCAGGGCACCAGCCAGCCCCCGGAGGGCCAGCCUGCACCUGGACACAGUGCUCAUUCCCCCACCAAAGGCUUUCCAGGACGGCUGGCCAGGACAGCAGAGCUGUGUGCCCCCAAAGACAGUGGAGGCCAUGUCCCAUACAGCCAGCAAGAAAGGUGCACUGGGGGGCCCUGGGCAACCACAGGCAUCUCCUACCCAGUUGUCUCAAGAUGCUAGAGCUGAAGACACUCCCCUCCCAUCCGGGAAUGGCACAAAUGCCAGUCUGGCCCCUGUCACUGCCCCAAAGCCCCGGAAGCUGCCUCCAAACAUUGUCCUGAAGAGCAGCCGCAGCAGUUUCCACAGUGAGCCCCAGAGCUGGCUGUCCCGCCACGCUGAAGUUGGAGAUGCUGGCCCGGCCUCCUCCUCCCUGCAGGAGCAGAGGAAAGCACGGAGAGAAGCACUAAAGAAGCUGGGGCUACCCCAGGACCAAGAGGAGCCUGGCCUCCCCCUAAGCCACCCUGCCAGCUCUGUCAGACUCAAGAAGCCCCAAGAUCCGGGCCCUACUGCAGUCCCAGCCCCAGCUCAGCCAGCAGCUCUGGCUCCAGCCUCAGCAGCUCUUCCUGCUUCAGGGAAGGCUCCGGCUCCGACACUGGCUCCAGUGUGGGGCCCUGCCCCAGUGAAGGCUCCAGCUUCAGCACCAGCUCAGGGAUCCUCUCCUGGCAAGGUUUGCAUCGCUGCCCAGGAAGCCCCUCCAGGACAGGCCACAGCUCGCAAAUCCAUGCCAAUUCCUAUACCUAAGACCUCAAAGGCAAGCAGUCCCCUGACUAAGCCAAAGCUAGACUCAGGACUGACGCUCCAGGAGAGCAGCAUCCCGGGGCUGAAACAGAUGAACUUCAAAUUCAACACUCUGGAGUGUUCGGGUGUUGGGCUGAACAGCUACCUCUCAGCUGAGAAAGACCCCAGCCCCAAAACUAGCACUUCUCUGGGAAAGGACUCCACUUUGGAGCAGAAGUCUCCCAGUGUGCUGCGUAACUCUCGGCCACGCCCUGCCUCCCUGGGCACUGGAAAGGACUUUGCAGGUAUCCAGGUAGGUAGGUUGGCUGACCUGGAGCAGGGCCAGAGCUUCAAGCGUCCGUCCUACCAAGGACAGAGCCCUGACAAGCUUCCUCGACCCCUCUGUGUCAGUGUCAAGAUUUCUCCAAAAGGCGUCCCUGAUGAACACAGAAGGGAGGCUUUGAAGAAGCUGGGACUGCUAAAGGAGUAGCUCUGCCACAGACUAAGCCACGGGAGGGACUCUCGGGUUCCGCUCAGGAGCCUUUGCGAUCUCAGAGCUCAGGGCUGGUCGUGGGCAGGCUUUUCUCAGAUGCCUUUGCUCUCUGAGGUGAAGGGAGGGAGCAUAUGUUUGGAUUCAGGGGCACUGGCCUUCGGGAGCCUGCGUGCACAUAGCUUUACACAAGAGCGUGUGUGUGUGCUGUGUGGCUGUGUGUGUGACGAAUUGUAUAUAUCACAGACACUAUGUAACGCAAGGGAUCAUUGCUCAGAGCUUUGCUCUUGUUGGAGCUCUUACAAUGGGUCGAGUUCAGCCUUCCCCAGCACUGAGUGGAGGGAGGUGGCCAAACUUGAGAAGAAAAGCCAAAUGCCACAGUGGAUAUGCAUUACUUUAAAAAUUGUGUGGAUAAAGGGUCUCAAGAAUCCCUGCAAGAGAUGGAGCCUGCCUCACAUCUUGGUGGACACUGUCUCAGUUCAGGCUUCCUGGACAGGGCCUGGAACCAAAAGGAGGCGUUACCUCUUCACCCACCGCCUUCUCAGUAUCACACAUCCCUGUAACAACCUCUCAGCUUAUUGAUAGCAGAACAGCUGUGGAUCUGAGAAGGCAGGAUAAAUAACCACACUCAACCUCCACUUCUGCCCAGGGUGUCCUUGUCCAUGGCCUUGAUAAAUUCAGUGAGAGACUGUGCUGCAGUCCAUGACUGACAUUCCUGUUUUUCCUGUUCCUCCUGCUCUCUUGCUCCCUAUCUCGCUCUGCAUCUGCCUGACUUGAGUGCUGGUCACCACUGAGCUGGAAGCCCCAGACCAGAGGCUUAACAAAGACGGCAGGUAGUUUUCAAAUGUUCUCAGUUCCCAUGGUAGGAAAUCAACACAGUACAUAGAAUAUCAGCGUUCAAAGGAAUCUUGGGAAGGCUCCCAUCCAGCCCUACUGGGGAGGAUAAGCAGCUCCUCAAGGUUACUUGACCAUUUAGUACCAGCAGAGAUGGGAACCUGGGCUCCCAACUGCCACUUGGCACUGCCUCCCUUUCCCAGAACUCUCCCACAUCCACACAAAACUUAAAAGUCCAUGGUCACAGUCCAUGACUCAGCCUAAGGCCCGCUAACAUCCUAAAGUGUCUUCUGAAGCAUCAAAGAUUAAAUGUUCAGGACACUAUUCAGAUUAAGAUUUUUUUUAAAAAAAAUUUUAUCUUCACAAAGUGGCUGUAUAAUAACUCAUUCUUACCGAGAACUCCUCUCUGCCCAGAUUGCCUGACCAAUCUGGACAACUUGAGCAACACCAAAAGAGGGUCAUGGGAGUAGGUGGCGUGGGCUUGGGAAUACAAGCUUGGUGAUUAGAUGUGGUUAGACAUGACCCCCACUUCCCCUUGGGAAAUAUAUCUUAUUCAUGGCUUUGACUGGGUUGGAAUCCAGAAUAUCCAGAUGUGAGGGGCAGAUAAAGAAACUGUUGUUGGAAAGGUGUCCUUUAUGUCUUUGAAGCAUUUCUGGGCCAUUUCCCUAUGGACCUAUCACUACUGAAGUUCAGGAUUUCUGAAAAUGAUGAGAGAGUUAGGGUAAGGAUGACAAAUAGCUCCUCCCUGCCAUGGUAUGUGCUGUAUGGGUGUGGCAGUUUCUAUGUACACUCCUGUACACACACUCAUGCAAAAGCCUGCUGCCACAUUCCUGGCUCUGGGGGAGGACCUGGUCUGUCAUGGCCCAUGGAGUCUCCCACACUGGCUAAGCUGCAUCUUAUUACAGGCUCCCCAAAAGAGAGAAGGCCACUUCUGGAAGACUGAUUCAGCAUGCUGUAUUAGGUGGCGGCUUCAUUGUAUAUUUCAAGAUACAACCUGGUUCCUUAUUUGUUAAUUGCCCUGAUGAAAAGAAAACAGGAGACUAGAUACCAACUGAGAUGUGGCAGGAAUCUGGGGCUGGCAUCAACACAAGGCUGACCAGCACUGUUUGGUCGGGAGUGCUACCUGCUACCUGCUACCUGCUAUCCCCCCGAGUGAGGCAGGAAAUUUCUCUCCCAGGGAAACCAGACCUCCACACUGCCUGCACCUUCCCAUCUGCAUCUUUAUCCCAGUGAUGUGCUCGUAUCCCCAAUUCUCUUUGAAAGACUCCCUUCCCUUGUUAUUUAAAGAUGCCAUGGUUUUGGGGCUGGGGAUUUAGCUCAGCGGCAAAAGCGCCUGCCUGGCAAGCGCAAGGUCAUGAGUUCGGUUCCUGGUACCGGAGAAAAACCAAAAAAAAAAAAAUAAUAAUAAAGAUACCAUGGAUCUCUAUGUCCUUACCCUUCAAAGAAUACAUUCUGCUUUAAGGCAAUUCUUGGGAAUUCAAAAAUAGGUAAUAAAUCCGAAGUCAGACAUCUUCAUUUUAAAGAGAGUCAAAGAGACCUGGUGAGGACGUCCACCUCCCUACCAUGUGAUGCUAGACCUACUUGUGAUGAGGUUAUCAGGUCUGUCUUACUGUAUCCAUACAGGAUUUCUCUUCACUCAGCUUGAGCUGGUUCGGGGGAAGUGAUAGUGGGGUGAGAGCUGCUCUUCUUAAAGGAUUUUGGGUGGAAGUGUGUAAAGAUCACUUGUUUAAUUUUAAAAGCCAAAGUGACAGUUUUUCCUCUUGACCUUGGGUGUCAGCCAUACCCUGCCAUAGUCUUGUUGCUGCUAGACACAAACCAUCUACCAGAUGCAGGUGCUGGCCUCUCCCCAGCCUGGCACAGUGGAGUCUGUGUCCUCAGGUGUGUGACCAGAUACCGUUGAGUCACCACUCAUGGCAGUCCUGACUCUGACUCUGACUCCAGGGAAGACUGAUGUGCCAUCUCACACUAAAGUCAGGGGACAGGUUGACUCACCUCUCACGUCCGCCUGCAGCAGGAAAUGUAGUCCUGCAGUGGGUAGGUGUGCAAACAUCUUUGCUUGUUUCAUGGAAGGAAGGCCCAGUGACAGACAGGAGAGCAAGACCUAGCAGAGGUUCUGGCUUGGAGCUGGAGGUGAAGGUUGAAGAGUCUGCAAGAUGUCUGAUGUGUGAGAUGUGCCCCUCCCUCCCCUCUUUGGGUCCAUUCGUGUCUGUGUGGGCAGAGAAAGGUCACACCGUUGGCACGUGAAGCUGUGCUCUAGACUAGUGGAGGUAGGGAACAAGGGAGUGGACAGGAAUUGUGCCGCUUUCCAUCAGAAUCUAGACAGGAACGCGGAUACAGUGCUUCUAUAUUCUUUUCCUCUUGUGCUUGACUAUGGCGCAUAUCAAUCGAGGCUUAUAUUCAAAUUCCAUCAGUCAGGUACCCUAGGGAAAUCCUUUAACUCAUUGACCCUCAGAGUUCUCAUUAUAAAAUGGGGGAAAUAUCACCACCCUCUCACAAUUUGGGGGAUAGAUAAAUGAUAUACAACAUGUAAGGCUCAGGGCUUGGUACCGUGCAGCUCAGCAAGAUAGUAUUGUCUUCUGGAUCUGCGUCCUUUCUCAAAGGAGUCAUACGGAAACCGAAAGCUCACCUAACUCUGCUCAAAGGAAAGAGAAGAGAGGUUCUUGCAUUUGAAGGUCCAAAGUCACAGCUGGUCUUUGGCACACCCUCCAGGUGACUCAACUUCACUCAUGCCAGGUUUCCUGGAAUUUGAAAAAAAAGUCCUCAGCCUGUAUCAGGUUUAUGCCUUGGUAAGGCUGAACCUGCUGUUUUCAUCUUCUGAAUUCUCAAACCCAGAUUCCCCUUGGUUGUCACUUUCAUGCUGCUUGUGACCAUGUUUUAUUUCUCUAUGCUUCCUCUAACUUCCUAUAUAUUGUUUUAUAGUUAUUUUUAAGAUGGAAGGGGGAAAUCUUAUGUAACAGGAGAGAACUCUGGCUGAAAUUAGAAAGACAAGCUGAGAAGUUUUUAAAAUUUCUGGAGCAUUAAAAAAAAAUAGAGCAGGCAUGUUUUUGGAAUGAACCAGGAAUUAGUUAUCAGGAGAGAGGAACUGUGCUGCGUGGCCCUCCAGCUCCUCUGGUGCAGGGAGACUGAACUGCAGGAGUCAUACCACUGUUGUCACCACUGGCACUAGGAUGCACAUGCAUUAGAAAUAAGUGACGUCCUAUUUCAGGUUGCCAUUCUCUUUUGCUCAUUAUUCCCUAGUUAAAGCCUUCUCCUUAUUCACCACUUGCCAUGUGUCCAGAGUUCAAAAUAAUAUAAAACACAAUGGUAGCCAAAGCUCUGGGCCGGGUGAGCCUUAGCAAUUCACUUCACUGCACUCAAAACAGAGAUGACAACUUGGACUCGAUAAUCUCCUAGCAUGACAGCCAGAAAGGCAUGUUGUAGUGAGUCCAAAAAAGUUAAUUAGGAAACUUGACACCCUGAGAAAAAUCUUACAAUCUACACUUUAGGCAAUCCACAUGCUAGAAGGAGAUUCAGGUUUUCCAGUGCAACCUCCACGUAUAGAGGAGCUCUUUUUACAUGUGUGUGUAUGUAUGUUUAAACACAUUCUGCAAACGUGUUCAGGAAGAUGGGUGGAUGGAAGAGAGAGAAGAAGGGAGGGAAGGGGCAGACACUGAGAACAUGGAGUGGCCAAGACCAUAGGCUUCCAGGGUCUCUGCAUCUCAAUUCCUUUUCCAGCCAUUUCUUUUUGCUUCCUUUAACUUCGUUUGUGUGGUUCAAGAAACUAUAUGCUAAUAUAGGUUUUUUUUUUAAAGAGGAAGAAAUGAACUUAAAUUAUAACAUGCCAGAGCCCUCCAAAGUAAGCAGUAAUAAUACCUCUUUCAGUUUUUAUUAGAAAAGAGUCAAAUGAUCAUACAUAUAGAAACACUUAGCACACAGCCCAAUAAAAGGGAUCUGUUACUCUCACACAUCUGUACUUUCGGUGCCAGGGGCCCCUCAUGAGGUUGAGUCCCAUGGAAAAUCAAACGAUGUCAAGUAGGUUGUUUUUUCUGAGGCUUCUUACAGAAGAUGAGGUGGGUGGCGCCAAAGCACUGAUCAUGGCCAUACAUCCCACCUCUGUCUCCCAACCCUUCUCUCCUCUUCUCCUUCCCAGCUUGCAGCACAACCAGGAAAUCCUCCUCUCCACCCACAUUUGGGGACCUCUUUGAUCUAACCAUUAACCCAAGAGACUUUUCAAAAAUUUCUUCACGUAUGAACAGAGCAGACUCGAUGGAAUCAGCUCUUCUUCCUCAGCUGCAUGACUGAAGGGGUGGAGGCUGCAACACAAGAUACCUUUUGGAGUUCACUUCCUCCAGUUUAAAAAAAAAUAGAGCAGGCAUGCCACACCACCCUCUUCCAAAGGGCUGAGGCAUGCUCCAUGGAGGCCUCCUUUGGAUUAAUUCCCUGCACUGUGAGCUUCUUGGCUAUGGGGAGAUGAUGUCUGUUACCUACUCCCUAUGGGACUCUCCUGUCCCAGCCCUUCAGGAAGGGGUGCCCCUGCAACUGGAAAGUUCCCCACGGUUGUCAUGGUUAAAGGAAAUAUCAUUUGGCCACAGUUAUGAUAUCAGUGACACUUUCGGGUGACUUGAAAACAGGCACAAUUCCAGCCUCAUCUUCCCCAUUCCUCCUCUGCCUCGGGAAUCAGGGACCACCCUGUCUUUCCAAUCCUAUUAGCUGGGGAGAAGGAUUAUUCCAGUGCCCUGGCUCCUGAGUGGCCACCGUCCACUGCAGGAAGAGGUCCAAGCCACUGCCACGGUUCUGUGGUGGCUCCUCUCAUCUUCCUUACAGGGCUGGGAUGUCCCCGCAGGCCGCUGCCCUCUCAUUUCUAGACCAGGGUGUCUAGAAGAAAAGGGCAGGGCUCUCCGUUUGGGAAGUUUCCUGCCAGGCCGCUGCUGUGUGCUCCAUGCCGCAGCUGCCUAUUCUGUGUCUGCAAGGGGCUCCGGCUCAGCAACCCAGAAAAAGAGCCAUGGGACCUAUGAGGCCCCUUAACAGUAUGAGUCCCCGCGAGUGCCUUGGCUUUCAUCAAUCUCUAGUGCCCUAAUGACCCAUGGCCCUGUCCUCUCCACAUCUCACCAAAGUAGUCAGCUCUCCAACUCAGACACAGGUUGCGUCCAAGCAUCUCUCACACCUGUCCUCUUCUUUCCCUUCCCAGUCUCCCCAUUCCUCUCCCCACCCCCACCCCCAGCCUGCCUCCAGUUCCCAUCUGGCCAGCAACCGGAGAACUCUGUAUCAGUAGCAUAUUACCUUUCACGUAAGAAGGAGCGGACCUGAGAAAAUACACACGUGUCUGUGCAUCUGCAAAAAGAAAUACACAAGUAACCCCAAAACUCGUGAUCAAUUACCCAGAGAAGGUGAGCAGGAAGCAGUGGAAAGAAUGGAGGAAUGGAAACAGGAAGAAAGUGGAAAGGCAUUGCACUUCCCUGAGUAUGCCUACUUGUAUGGUUCAAAUUUGAAAGCCCUAGUAAUAUUUCACAUACUCAUUACAUAAAUAAGUAAGUAAUUAACCAAACAAAUACCCAGGGCUGAGGUUGUGGCUCAGUACUAGAGUUCCUGCCUUGCAUGCACAAGACCCUGGGUUCAAUCCCCAGCACCACAAAAAACAACCAACCAACCAAAUACCCAGAGUGUGUGUUUAGGGAGAUGAAUUCAAAAUGGAAUACACACAGUAAUAAAUUACCCUGUGUUAAGAAUGAAUGCCACCAUCAAACCACCGGGAUGAAGAAGAACACAGCUUUUUCAAUAAUUCUAAAAGUAUAUAUUUUGGCAAAGUGCCUAGUAGAAAGUACAAUAAAAAAACAUAGAUUUUA